AUGGCCUGUGCCGACAUCAACAUGGACAUGGAAGAUGCUCCACUAAGGGACGAGCAGAGCGAGGAGCCUGUGAUGCAAUAUUACCGAGCUUUGGAGUUUGUGCCCGACGUCAAAGGGCCGCUGCAUGACCUGCUGCACAAACAACCGGCCGUGCUGGGGGCUCUGCAGAUGAUGAGUGGUCUCUUCAGUGUUGGAGUGGGAAUACUUUUUGCAGUAACCCAGGAGAUUCACGGAUCCCUUUUGGCGCUGUUCAGACUUUCCCAACUGACCGGAACAAUUUUCGUCUUUGCUGGAUUGGUUUCCAACCUGUUGUUCAAAUAUCCAAGAUUACUACCUGUGUCCCUCGCUGUCAACUGUGGCUGCAUUAUUGUAGCCGUAGUUUCUGCUUGUCUGAUAAGUGUUGACUUGGCUCAAUGGAAUUCCGAAAAUGAUCUACAUUUGAGGGUAGAGGUGAUGGAACUUUGUGUGUUGGGGCUCGAGGUGUUUCUCUCUGCAAUGCUUUGCUUCUGGAUCUCCAAAGAGAAACGCACUGUGGUCAAGAACAUAUCUGAGAAUGCAUCAAAUUAACCGUCUGUAAAUAUAAACUACCGCAAGGCCGUUUAUUAGUGUGUAUUAAAAGAUAGACAACUGUGUGCGCAGAGUUUUUUCUGUGGCUUUCUGUUUCGCCUCGAUUUCCUUUUUUUGAGCUGAAACCCCCGAUGAGCAGCCCGGGCUGUGGUCUGCGCCCGAUGUACGACUGAGAAAACAAGUUUUGUGGUAAAUGCAUGUCAACUACUCUGAUGUGAAGGAAACACCACUACAUCAACCUUUGUAACGGUAGCACUGGGCCUCACAGGGUUGCUUUGUCGGUCUAUGUGCACGG